UUUUUUUUUUUUUUUUUUUUUUAUUUCUCCGUCUUGCAUUUUCCUAGACAUGGAUUGGAAUUGGCGCCUGUCUUUGAGAGAAAGAGAGACAGACAGCCGUGGGACUUUCAACGAGCUACAGUAUCAUCAGUAUGGCGAAAUGGGGAUUGGCAUGGCAGCAAAUGGGAAUCAGAAGAAACGAAACGAAAGGCCGUGCCUUCAUUCAACAUGAGCUUAGAAGAAGCUACUACUACUACUACUACUACUAUUACUAUUACUAUUACUACUAUUUCUACUUCACGGUGUAGCAUCAUUUGCUUGAAACUCUUACUUUUUACGGUUUCCUUUAGUUUUAAUCUUCUAAUUAAUAUGGCUCAUAGCAUGUUGCAAUGCUUCAUCACUACUACUAGCCGUUUUUAAUGCC